CUACGGCUCUUACCUCAUAGCACAGCAUCGGCUUUUUUAACCCCGAGAAAGAGAGAUGGGUCAACCUCAAAGUCGGCGGCGCACGGGCCAAGACGGCCCCCAACCCAGGUAUGCAGGGUCAUGCGAUUUAUCAAUUGCAUAUCAACACCGCGCGUCAUUGUCACGAUAAUCUCGAGGCCUCUACUCCUGCCUAUCUGGGGUCUGCGCAGGAUCGCAGGAUGUGGGCGUCUCGGUUCAACAUAGUGCUAAGAGCCACCAGGAGAGCGACUGCGAUUGCACCCUGUCGGCCGCAUCGCAGGUUUUUGUCUGACGGUAGGUCCCCUUUGCUAGCCUCGCGGCGGCUAACGGCGACACCGGACGAGACCGAGAUCGAUGGCAAGGCGUACAAGACCGACUCGUGGUUCAACGUGCCCACCAACAUUAUAGAAAAGGUUCCGCGCCGGCUGCAUUUGCAAAAGGACCACCCUGUAUACAUCACUCGGCAGAUCAUCGAAUCUGUCUUUCCCGCGCCCACCUACAAAUACCACAAUGACUUCAACCCCGUCGUCACUGCGCAUCAAAACUUCGAUUCACUAGGAUUUCCGAAAGACCAUCCCGGCCGCGCCAAGUCAGAUACAUACUACGUCAAUCACGAUACGUUACUGCGAACACACACGAGCGCACACCAAGCCGAUACCUUUCGCGCCAACCUGAGCGAUGGUUAUCUAAUAAGCGCCGACGUAUAUCGGCGCGAUGAAAUCGACCGCAGCCAUUAUCCUAUAUUCCACCAGAUGGAAGGAGCCCAUUCCUGGGACCGCACAAAAGUGCCGAACGGCGAUGUCGCCGCCGCCGUAUGGUCGGACAUAGAAAAACUACCGAAGCACAGCGUCGAAGUUCAGGACCCCAACCCGCCGUUCCACCACGAGCGGAACCCUCUGCAAGCGGACCACCACUCUGCGGCUGAGGCGGAAGCUAUUGCAGCCCAUCUGAAGCGGUCCCUAGAACUCAUGGUGGUCGAGAUAUUCACGAGAGCCAAGGCAGCCGCUAAAAGGGCUGACCCUGAUUACGUUGAUGAGCCGCUCCAGGUGCGAUGGGUGGAGGCGUACUUCCCCUUCACCAGCCCCUCUUGGGAGCUCGAAGUGUAUUAUGAUGGUGAUUGGCUCGAGUGCGUGGGCUGUGGCGUGGUGAAGCAAGACCUGUAUAUCAACGCAGGUGUGCCGAACCAGCUCGGGUGGGCCUUCGGCAUCGGUCUCGACCGCAUCGCGAUGCUAUUGUUCAAAAUACCGGACAUCCGACUCUUUUGGUCGAAAGACAAACGGUUCCUCAAGCAAUUCAAGGGCGUUUCGGACAACUUGGACUCUCUAAAACGGUUCGCCCCUUUCUCUAAGUACCCAGGGUGCUACAAGGAUGUAUCGUUCUGGCUGAAGUCAACGUCUUCGGCAGGUGGUAACACAAAGGCGAAUGUGCACGACUUCCACGAGAACGAUGUGAUGGAGAUUGUGCGGAGCGUGGGCGGUGACGUCGUCGAGGAUGUCAAGCUGUUUGACGAAUUCACGCACCCGAAGACCGGGCGCAAGAGCAUGUGCUAUCGCAUCAAUUACCGCAGUCUUGAGCGCACCUUCACCAAUAAGGAGGUCAACGACAUUCAUAACAAGGUCGAAAAGAAAUUAGUACGAAAUCUUAGGGUUGAGAUACGGUAGCAUGUAGGGUGUAGUAUCCCUAAGAUAGGACAUCGGACCUACAAACAUGGUCGUCAGUUUCGCCAGGAUAUAAAACAAUCCUAUGGACGGACAGGAGACACCGAGUUAUGUGUCAUGACGAUCAGUUGUUCAUUCGAUGGCCUGCCAUUCUAUCCUACGAUCACAUCGAAAAGGUCUGUACGAUAUGUAGUAGCGUCGUCCGCACGACGAUUGUAUUAGCAUCAAUGUAAAUAUAGAUGAUCGUCUCCCGCCUACAGUCAGAUACACAUGUACAAAAUAAUAGAACACACCUUGAACAAUUUUGUU